AUGGCUCUAAUGGUUCACCUGAAGACGGUCGUUCACCUUCGGGGAAAAGGUGACAGGAUCGCCAAAGUUAUAUUCAGAGGUCUUUCCUUCUACAGCCGUGUGGCAGAGAACUGUGAGGAAGUGGCCCACUUUAAUGAGGUAUUUCGAUGGCCUAUUGCCAGCAGACUGGAUGGAAACGAGAUGCUGGAGAUCCAAGUGUACAAUUACAGCAAAGUUUUCUCCAACAGACUGGUGGGGACUUUCUGUAUGGUACUUCAGAAGGUGGCUGAAGAGGGACACCUAGAGCUGACCGACACACUCAUCGACGAUAACAACACGUCAAUAAAGACCAGCGUUACCAUAGAGAUUAGAUACCAGUCGAUGGAUGGCACAGUGGGAGUGUGGAGCGACGGGGAGUUCCUGGAUGUUCCUGACGACCGUGACGGGAUGUUUGCCUUUGAAACAGACAGCCUGCUGUCAGGACAAAGCCACGGGUCGGGCACGUCUCCUGGACGGUCCUUACAGGGAUCCAUACCCACCUUCAGGAAAGCAGGGAAGGGAGUUUUCUCAGCCAUGAAGCUUGGCAAGAUCAAGAGCUCUAAGGACGAUCACAAGAGAGGAGAUGAGCCAGCGGUCCUGGACAUGGAGGACCUGGACAGGAAGGCCAUGCGUCUUGCUGGAGCACUGGACCCAGACACAAUCUCUCUGGCCUCUGUCACCGCUGUCACCACCAACGUCUCCAAUAAAAGGUCAAAGCCAGAUAUCAAGAUGGAGCCGAGCUCUGGACGCCCAGUGGAUUAUCAGAUCAACAUCACAGUGAUCGAGGCCCGGCAGCUGAUAGGCCUCAACAUGGACCCUGUUGUGUGCGUGGAGAUUGGAGACGACAAGAAGUACACAUCUAUGAAGGAGUCCACCAACUGCCCGUACUACAAUGAGUAUUUUGUCUUUGACUUCCACGUCCCUCCUGAUGUCAUGUUUGACAAGAUUAUCAAGCUCUCCGUUAUUCACUCUAAAAAUCUUCUUCGAAGUGGGACAUUGGUGGGAACCUUCAAGAUGGAUGUGGGCACUGUUUACUCUCAGCCUGAACAUCAGUUUUACCACAAGUGGGCCAUCCUAUCUGAUCCUGAAGACAUAACAGCGGGGUGUAAAGGAUAUGUAAAGUGUGACAUCGCUGUGGUUGGGAAAGGUGACAACAUCAAGACCCCACACAAGGCCAACGAGACCGAUGAAGAUGACAUAGAGGGGAACCUCCUGCUACCGGACGGCAUCCCAGUAGAGAGGCAGUGGGCGAGGUUUUAUGUGAAGAUCUACCGUGCUGAAGGGCUUCCUAAAAUGAACACCAGUAUCAUGGCUAAUGUGAAGAAGGCCUUCAUAGGAGAGAACCGAGACCUGGUGGACCCCUAUGUUCAAGUGCAGUUUGCUGGGCAGAAAGGGAAGACUUCAGUCCAGAAGAGCAGUUAUGAACCGAUCUGGAACGAGCAGGUCGUGUUCACUGAGCUCUUCCCUCCACUCUGCAAACGCAUGAAGGUCCAGAUACGAGACUCGGAUAAGGUCAACGACGUCGCCAUAGGAACCCACUUUGUUGAUCUACGCAAGAUAUCAAAUGAAGGUGACAAAGGUUUCCUGCCCACCUUGGGUCCAGCUUGGGCCAACAUGUACGGUUCCACCCGUCAGUACACUCUGAUGGAUGAGCACCAGGACCUGAAUGAUGGUCUUGGAGAAGGCGUGUCCUUCAGAGCCCGUCUCCUGCUUUCCAUCGCUGUGGAGAUCCUGGACACCACUUCCCCUGAGCUCAUGAGCUCCACUGAGGUGCAAGUGGAGGGCGUCUCCAACAUCUCAGAGAGCGCCACUGGGAAAAUAGAUGAGUUCUUCCUCUUUGGUUCCUUCCUGGAGGCCACCAUGAUUGACAGGAAGAUCGGUGACAAAGCGAUAAGUUUUGAAAUUACAAUAGGUAACUAUGGAAACCAGAUAGAUGGUGUAAGCAAGCCUUUGUCGGCAAAGAAGAAGAAAAAAGAUGGGGAGAAUGAAGAAGAGGAGAGCGAUCUCAUACAGAACUCCAGUGAGGACGAGGCAGACGAGGACGGGGACCUGGUCUCUGUCUCCUCUACUCCUCCAAUGAAGCCCGUCAUCACCGACAGAAAUUACUUCCAUCUUCCCUACUUUGAAAAGAAGCCAUGUGUCUACAUCAAAAGCUGGUGGCAGGACCAGAGAAGACGACUUUACAACUCCAACAUGAUGGACAAGAUCGCUGACAAGCUGGAAGAGGGUUUGAAUGAUGUUCAGGAGGUCAUUAAGACGGAAAAGGCUUUUCCAGAACGCAGACUCAGGGGAGUGCUCGAGGAGCUCAGCGUCGGUUGCAGUCGGUUUGUGACUCUGGCUAACAAGGAUGUGAACCAGGCAGGCCGAACUAAACUGGAUCGAGAGCGGCUCAAGUCCUGCAUGAGAGAAAUGGACAGCAUGGGCCAGCAGGCCAAGCAGAUCCGAACUCAGGUGAAGAAAAACACAAUCCGAGACAAACUCAAGCUGGUGCAGAACUUCCUGCAGAGGCUGCGUUUUCUUGCAGACGAGCCUCAGCACAGCAUCCCAGAUGUUUUUAUCUGGAUGAUGAGCAACAACAAGCGCAUUGCCUAUGCCCGGAUUCCUUCCAAAGACAUUCUCUACUCCAUAGUGGAUGAGGAAACGGGAAAAGACUGCGGCAAAGUCAAAGCUGUCUUCCUCAAGCUGCCUGGUAAGAAGGGAUUUGGCCCUGCAGGCUGGACAGUUCAGGCUAAGCUGGAGUUGUAUCUGUGGCUUGGCCUCAACAAACAAAGGAAGGACUUUCUCAGUGGUCUGCCUAAUGGUUUUGAAGAGAUCAAAUCCGCUAAAAUGGGCCCCUGUCUUCACUCUGUCCCCCCCGUCAGCCUCAUCUACAACAUGAAGCAGGUGUUUCAGCUGAGAGCACACAUGUACCAGGCCCGCAGUCUGUUUGCUGCAGACAGCAGUGGCCUUUCUGAUCCUUUCGCUCGGGUCUUCUUCUCCACACACAGCCAGGUUACUGAGGUCCUGAGCGAGACUCUUUGUCCUACCUGGGACCAGCUGCUGGUGUUUGAUGAUGUGGAGCUGUUCGGUGAGGCCAGCGAGCUGAGAGACGACCCUCCAAUCAUUGUCAUUGAAAUCUUUGACCAGGACACUGUGGGCAAGGCAGAAUUCAUAGGUCGGGCAUUUGCGAAGCCCACCAUCAAGAUGUGUGACGAGCACUACGGCCCCCCGAGGUUCCCACCCCAGCUGGAGUACUACCAGAUUUACAGAGGGAACUGCACUGCCGGGGAACUGCUGGCUGCCUUUGAGCUGCUGCAGGUUGGUCAAGGAGGGAUAGCCGAUCUCCCUUCCCUUGAAGGGCCGACAGACUCAGAGCGUGGACCCAUUCUGCCUGUGCCGUUGGGCAUCCGACCUGUCCUGAGUCGCUACCGCAUAGAGGUUUUGUUCUGGGGCUUAAGGGACCUGAAGAGGAUUAACCUGGCUCAGGUGGAUCGGCCCCGUGUGGACAUAGAGUGUGCAGGUAGAGGUGUGCAGUCUGUCCUCAUCCAGAACUACAAGAAAAACCCCAACUUCAGCAUCCUAGUUAAAUGGUUUGAGGUGGACCUUCCAGAGAAUGAACUCCUCCACCCCCCUCUCAACAUCCGGGUGGUGGACUGCCGGGCAUUCGGUCGUUACAUCUUGGUUGGGUCCCAUGCUGUCACCAGCCUGAGACGUUUCAUUUACAGCACCCCAGACAAGACCUCCAACAACUGGGCCACUGCAGGUGACAUCAUCGUCAACAUGGACACAGACCCUUCCGUCCGAAAGAUGGACACGGUUGUCAAGUUAGACGCUAUGUCUGACGCUGUUGUAAAAGUUGACAUGACUGAGGAGGAGAGUGACAAAGAGAAAAAGAAGAAGAAGAAGAAAAAGAAGGGUGGAGUGGAGGAAGAGGACGAGACCAAUGAGAGAGUGCUGGACUGGUGGUCCAAAUAUUUUGCUUCAAUAGAGACAUUGAAGGAGACGCUCAGAGCCCAGGACGUGGCUCAGGCAGAGGCGGAGGAGAGAGAGGACCUGGAGAUAGCUGCAGAGGCAGCAGAUAUAAAACCUGAUGACCUUCUUCUGAAAGGCUCCAAGACAAAGGAAAAGAGCAAAGAGAAGAAGAGCUCCAAGGACAAGAAGAAGGGUCACGCUGCAGACGGCUCUGAGAAACGAACGGUUAAAGCAAGAGUGGACGAGCUGAUGGUGUACGACAAGGAGCUGGAUAGUGAGUUUGGCAACUUUGAAGACUGGCUCCACACUUUCAACUUGUACAGAGGAAAGGCUGGGGAUGACGACGAACGCACUCUGGAUGACGACAGGAUUGUUGGCAGAUUCAAGGGAUCCUUAUGUAUGUACAAGCUACCUCUGUCAGAGGAGAUCACAAGAGAGACAGGAUUCGAUCCUAGUAUGGGCAUGUUCCAGAGCAUCCCGCGUAACGAUCCAAUCAACGUCCUUGUCCGUGUCUAUGUUGUCAGGGCUACAGAUCUUCAUCCUGCUGAUAUCAAUGGGAAGGCUGAUCCAUACGUUGUCAUCAAGCUGGGCAAGUCAGAGAUCAAGGAUAAAGAGAACUACAUCUCCAAACAGCUCAAUCCUGUAUUUGGCAAAUCAUUUGACAUUGAGGCCAGAUUCCCCAUGGAGUCCAUGCUAACGGUGUCUGUGUACGACUGGGACCUGGUCGGCACUGAUGACCUGAUCGGAGAGACAAAGAUUGACUUGGAGAAUCGUUUCUACAGCAAAUACAGAGCCACCUGCGGCAUCUCAUCCAACUAUUCUGUCCAUGGAUACAAUGUUUGGCGGGACCCUAUGAAGCCCAGUCAGAUCCUGGCCAAGCUCUGUAAGGACGGCAAGAUCGAUGGACCUCAUUAUGGGCCGGGAGGGAAAGUCAAGGUGGCCAAUCGAAUUUUCCAGGGACCUACAGAGAUCGAGGAUGAAAAUGGUCUGAAGAAGCAGACUGAGGAGCAUUUGGCUCUGACGGUGCUGAACCACUGGGAGGAGAUCCCGAGGGUGGGCUGGAAGCUCGUCCCUGAACACGUGGAGACCAGGCCCCUGCUGAACCCCGACAAACCCGGCAUUGAACAGGGCCGUAUUGAGAUGUGGGUGGAUAUGUUUCCUAUGGACAUGCCUGCUCCUGGACCUGCAAUAGAUAUAUCACCACGUAAACCAAAGAGAUAUGAGCUCAGGGUGAUUAUUUGGAAUACAGACGAAGUAAUACUGGAGGACGAUGAUUACUUCACUGGGGAAAAGUCCAGUGACAUAUUUGUCAGGGGAUGGCUGAAAGGACAGCAGGAGGACAAGCAGGACACCGAUGUGCAUUAUCACUCUCUGACUGGUGAGGGCAACUUUAACUGGCGCUUCGUCUUCCCCUUCGAUUACCUCAUGGCUGAGGAGAAGAUCGUCAUCUCUAAGAAAGAGUCCAUGUUCUCUUGGGAUGAGACUGAAUAUAAGAUCCCGCCUCGCCUCACGCUGCAGGUCUGGGAUGCCGACCACUUCUCUGCCGAUGACUUCCUGGGUGCUAUUGAGUUGGACCUAAACCGGUUCCCUCGUGGUGCCAAGACAGCCAAGCAGUGUUCCCUUGACAUGAUCCGAAAUGAGCAGGAGCUGCCCACCAUUUCUAUCUUCAAACAAAAGAGAGUCAAGGGCUGGUGGCCGUUUGUAGCGCGCGAUGAGAACGAUGAGAUGGAGCUCACGGGUAAGGUAGAAGCUGAGCUUCAUCUGGUGACAGCAGAGGAGGCGGAGAAAUGUCCUGUAGGAUUGGGACGAAAUGAGCCUGAUCCACUGGAAAAACCAAAUCGCCCAGACACCACCUUCCUUUGGUUCCUGAGCCCGCUGAAAGCCAUUCGCUACCUGGUGUGCAACCGCUACAAGUGGCUGAUCAUCAAGAUAGUGCUGGCCCUGCUGCUGCUCGUCAUGCUGGGCCUCUUCCUCUACAGCAUGCCGGGCUACCUUGUCAAGAAGCUGCUGGGGGCCUAAGAGGCUGCUGGGAAGACAGGGAGGGAGGUGGCCAGCCCGAUAUUUGGACGGAUGGAUGGAUGGGUGAAUGGGUGAGACGCAGAGGGAAGAUGCUGGCUUGUGUGUGCAAACCAGAACCAGUAUGUGAAGUCUCACCCACAGAAAGGGAGGAGAAGGCACUUCGGAAGUCCAAUUUCAUUAUUUUCUCCUCUCAAAUCCAUUCUAAUCGUCACAAACAGCUCGCCACCUUCCACCUUCGCUCGGCAGAGAGAGGCAGAAACCACCUGAAAUUACUUCAUUACCCCCCUCCAUUCCCCCAAAGUCGAGAGAAACACUAACUGUCUAAUCCUCUAUCCAAUCUGCAGCAAGCCUAACACAUCUAAUACUCCGUAUCUGGACUCCAUCCUUGAACUGACUAAAAA